UCACGCCAUACCUUCAAGCGGAGUAUUGAAAGGUUGCGCCGGCCCUGCUGCAACAAAUGAGCUCUCCGGCGAGAUCGUCGGCUUCGGGAGCGAGCGCCGGGCAAAUUGGCGGUGCUUCCAGCAGUAGUAACGCUGGAUUAAUUGAUGAUUCUGUUUACCAUUUUCCUACCGAUCUCAUCUCUGUUCAUGACCGAAAGGAGGCGGCCUUAACUGUCUUGAGGUCGGAUCUGAUGGCAUCGCUCCAGAAGGAGGUGAAAUCUCUGGACGAAGACGGUUGGAUGUUUUCUGGUCCUCGCUCACAAAUUCAUCUCGUUCUAAGACCAG